CGCACUUCCGGUUUCUACACGCUGCUUCUCUAGCUCACAACCAACACAUCUCUGCUGUUCUGUGAAAACAAGAGAAAAAUCUGCAAACAUGCCGAAAGCCAAGAAGUCAGGGAAAAGAAAGAAGUUCAAUUACAACUUAGACCGGAAGAAGAUGAAGAAACAAGCUAUCAAGAAAUGCAAACCGAGGAUAGAAAAUUCACAGAUUCGAAAUGCAUGGGACGACAAGAAGUCAACAUCCAGGAACUUGCAGGACAUGGGUCUGGCUUUCGAUCCAAACCGCUCGCUGCCAAUACAGAAGAAGAGCCUCACCCGUGAAGACAGAAUAACUAAGGCUCCUGUCGAGACCGUGACCAAGCCCUACGUUGUCAACCAGCUGGAGGAGGAGGCCAACCGUCUGCAGAAAGACUCCAAGACGUUAUCCUCAGACCUGAUCGAGUAUGCACAGCACAUGAUCCGAGAACACAAGGACAACCUCAAGGAGAUGGCCAGGGAUGAGAAGAACUACUACCAGGACACACCCAAACAGAUCAAGAGGAAACUAAUCGAGUACCAGCGCUGCCACAAAGAGCAUUACAACACCUUCAUGAGCUCACUAGCACCCCAGCCCAUAGACCAAUAGAGGAAAUAAAACCCUUUCUCUGGACUUUAAACCAUUCUCCCUAUAGAAUCUCAUUCUGGACAGACUGUUGAGUGCAAACAGGACAGAGGACCAGAAGAUGCACUCAGAGCAUCACCAAUAAUCAGAAAAACCAUCAGUGACAGGAAGUGGAGACGAGUAUUACUUCUAUGUCUUGUUAAGGAUCUUUCUGUUACUUUCCUCCUCGAUCAAAAUGUCCAUUUUGUUUCCAUUGAUAAAGUCUUGAUUUUACCUCUGUUUUAACUGUACAACAUGAUUGAAUGAGAUGUAUUUUUAUUGUCAUUUAAAAACCCUAAAUCUCAA